ACUAAUACUCUACUCCACCCCACCUCUUUGCCAAAAUGCAAUUCACCACCGCUUUCGCCACCCUCGCUCUUGGAGCCGUCGCCGUCCAGGCCGGUCACCAGAUCAACUUUAGCGCACCCGGCUGCGACAAUGCCAUCAUGCAAGUUCCCGGCCACGGCAACUACGGCACUGGAACUUACGACUUUGGUGAGGUUAGCGGUGUCAUCGCCUCUGCUGCCAAGGGCGUCCAGUGCUCUCAGGAUGGUGUUCCUUGCUCCUCCAUCGAGUUCGCCCUCAACGGAGGCGUCUCCUCGGCCGACAACACGCUCAUCAGCCCUCACAAGUACACUGGUGCCAUGAGCUUCACCCUCAUCGGUGCUAACCCCGGAGACAAGGGCCCCAGCGCCACCUGCGACAACCCCAACUGCGGACCUGACAAUGCCUUUUACAUUGACGGCACCGACGCUCAGUCACGCUUCUCGUCGCAGUCCCAGCGCCAGGUCAACGACGCCAACGCCGGCAUCAACCUCUCCAUCACCUGCUAAAUGGAUGUCGGCAUUGCGUCACGCCAAGAGAGGAGCCCAACGUACCUCCCCAUGCCCCUAGCGCCUGCUGUUGGUGGCAUACGACCACACUAUUACUAGCUACCUAAUGAAUGCGAACAAUUGAUGCUUUUUCUCUUCACUGUGGGGUUUGCGGCGACACAUGCCUGUACGUACCAGUAAGCUCAAACCUGACGCGACUCGGCAAGACGCAGUAAAGCGCCAGGACGUGAUGCUGUCGCAGGGCCACACGAGGCACGCUAUGGACUCGCACAAGUCGCCGGUGAUAGCCAUCUUGAAUGGGCCGGCGUCAGCACACUUGACUCGAAUGCUCGGCAAGGCG